AUGGCAGAGGAUGGCUGUUCUGCCCACCUCAGCUACAUCUCCAAUCACGCACUGCAGCAACUUGCCUUGCACAACUCGCCGUUACUACAUACUUUCUCCUCGCAACAAGACAACUCCAACAACUCCAACAACUCCAACAAGAUGCCUGGCCUUCCCCCUCAGAAGUUCCUCGAGCUCACGCCUGCUCCCAAGUCGUCCUUCCUCUCGCUGGCUCCUGCUACCUCUGCUUCGUACCCCAAGAAGCAGGCGGUGCGCUCUCACAGCCGCGCCCAGAACAUCCCCGCUGGUGUUGAGCAGAUUGAUGCUAUGCCUCGACGAUCGUCGAGCGCCAGCACCUCCAGCACCAACUCAUACCGCGUGCUCAAGCUUGGACCCGUCCACUGGGGCGAGCACCCCGAUGAGCACAAGGAGGACUUUCACGACGUCAUCCUCUCCUAA